AUGAAAACAACAACACUCUCUGUACCCGAGGAGGCACCUCUCUUUCAGGAACUGCUGCAGCUGAGUAAGCUGUUCUACUUACUCUGUCGAGUACACGUAAACAGUAUCCAAAUUUUACAGUGCAAAAAAUCAACAGUUCGCAGAAGUAAUAUAUUCAGGGAGCUGGGAGCUCCAAGUCGCUAUCGUCGUAACUUCUCUCAUCCAAAACGAGCGUCCGAUUGCGAAUGCCUCAAGCAGCCACUGCUUACUCAAUCGAAUGAUGCGGAAAUGUUUUUGAAAGAUACCGACAAGUCGAAUUCAGGAUGCACCUCUGCUGAUCACAAAUACAGAAACAGUAUUUUCAUGGAACAGGUUGCCGCUGAACAGAUUCUUCCUAGGCUAAAAAGCGCCCGGCCACAAAUGCUUGAGGAAUUCGAGGAACGUUUUCGUGUGAUACUCAAACGAGUUUAUCGCAGCUUGCAACAGCACGAAAUUCGUGAGGAAGUAAUUUAUUCCAUGAUAAUAGACGAGAGACGGCGCAUUCAGUGGCAGUGGCAGCAACUUGCAACCGUCGUGGAUCGUCUUCUGCUU